AUGGAAGUUUUAGGAAAUUAUCUUGGUUUAGAUUUAGAUUUUUUUAAGGCCGUUAGCAGAUUUGAUCGUGCAGCGCUUAGUAGACUUAGUAAAAGUAAUUUAACCGUAGGUGCUAAGGCUUGCUAUCUAAGUCACUAUAGAAUCUUUGAAUCAAUUGUUAAGAAUGGAUAUGAAAAUGCUUUAAUUCUUGAAGAUGACGUGGAUAUGGAACUUAACAUUACCGAUAUUAUGACCGAAGUUCAUCAUAAUUUACCUAAUGAUUGGGAUAUGUUGUACCUUGGUCAUUGUAAUGAGUGGGACAGCAAUUAUUUCAAAACCAAUUUAACCGUUCAUGUACUCCAUACAACGGGACAUCCACAAUGUACACACGCUUAUGCCGUUUCAGCUAAAGGUGCCAAGAAGUUAAUAGAAAAACUUAAUAUAGAUAACCCAAAAGAUCAUAUUGAUAUAGCUUUACCUGCUCUUAUUAUGGCAAAAGAAAUUAUUAGCUAUUCAAUUCAUCCGUAUAUCGUCGUACAGUUUAAAGGUGUGAAUGAUCUGUCAGAUGUUUCGCCCGAUGGGGGGAUAGGUGAAACUUAUCCUUUAAUGAAUUCUACCCUACGUUUUCUUGGAUAUGAUCCAAAUAAACCAGUUUUAUAG